AUGUUUAACUAUAUCAAAUGUUUUCUCACCUCAAGACAAUUCACAGUCUCACUCACAAAUGCUCAAUCAAAAAUUUUCACCCAGCAAAAUGGAAUCCCUCAAGGAUCGUCGUUAUCGGUCACCCUCUUUCUACUAGCAAUAAACGAUAUAACUAACACCAUAGAAUUCCCUAUCAAAGCCAAUCUCUUCGCAGACGACUUCAAUUUCUGGUGCAAAAGCCCUAACCUCAUGACAGUACAACUCUUCUUACAAGAAACAGCCAACAACAUCGCAAAAUGGUCCACGCUAUCCGGUUUCAAAAUUGCUAGCCAAAAAUCUCAAUGCAUUUUAUUAACCAACAAGAAAGGUCAAAACCACAUCCACAUCCAACUAAACGACAAUAUAAUCCCGAAUAAUAACACAAUUAAAAUACUCGGAGUCUGCUUUGACAAAAAAAUCAACUGGGUACAGCGCCUAAAAUACCUAAAAAUAUCAUUGAUUAGAAGCCUCAACAUCAUGAAAAUGAUAAGUCAUACCACAUGGGGAGGCGAUGAAAACACGCUCAUAAAAAUCCACAGACACCUCAUCAGAUCAAGAAUGGACUACGGCGCAUCAAUCUAUCAAUCAGCCAAACCAAAUCAUCAUAAUAUCGUUGACACCACCUACAAAACAAGCAUAAGAAUUGCCCUAGGAGCUUUCCGUUCAAGCCCCAUUGAAAGCAUCCGUAACCUAGUAUUUGAACCUCCCCCCGAGCUAAGAAAAAUCGAAAGAAGUCUAAUAUACGCUGCAAGUAUCUCCAGAAACCCAGACAACCCAGCAUACAAACACAUAGCUGAUCUCACACAAUACUCCAACAUACCUGAAAUAGAUCUCAGUUCACUGAUCAAAGUCCAACCAUACACUUUCCCCCCAUGGAACACCAACUUCGAUAUCAACCUCGAGCUAACAAAAUUCAAGAAAGAAAACACCCUACUUAUCAUAUAUAAAAACCACUUAAACGAAAUACUUCAGAAACACAAAAAUGUCAACCUAUUUUUCAGACGCCUCCAAAUCAGAAGAAGGAGUGGGCAUAGCAAUCAUCAGUGA